AUGUCUACAGACCCUGGUGACCGCAUGGUCUAUCAGGUGCGAGCCCCCACCUCCCCGACAUCGAGGGAGCCCUCCGCCCUGCAGGGGAUUGCCUUCACGGACUCUCCAACUUCCAACCUCUACACACAGCCGCACCCCUCCUCUUCUCAGCUCUCCCAACCCGUAGACCUCAACAUGGAAGUCUACAGUCCAACGGAAUCUCGCCCCGAGUCUCCAUCUAUGCCACCAUCUCCCGCUGGGACUUCUGUCCAUCCCAUCUUCCUCUCCACCACCGACUCCUUCGACCAACAAUCCGAUGUCGUCACCUCUUCGCUGCACAGCAUUGCAGACUGGCUUGAAACCGUCGACUGGGACGCCAUCCUCGGGCGCAACCCUCUUGAUGCUGCCACCCUCAACUCGAGCCCUCUUGCCGCCGCAGCAACCAGGGUCAUCCGGUAUCUCAAUGCUGGAAUUGUUGGUCGUUCUACCAAAGUCCCCGAGCUCCAAGCUGCGCGUCCCUCUUCAGCCAUUAGUACCCAACCGGGUCCCGCCGGCACGAUGACUUAUGCGAAUGCGGUCUCCCGCUCCCUGCCCGCUCCCUCGAGCAACCGCACGAACCGCUCCACAACGCGUCCAGCGUCGAGACUAGCGAACACUGUCAAUGACUCCUUCGUCGAGGACAUCUUCAGGUUAAGGGAAGCUCACCCGAACCUCUCUGCGAGUGAGCUCCUGGCGCUUCAGCGCCAAGCUGCCUCCCCCUAG